AUGAAGGGUCUUGACCGAGGUCUCGCCUUCGUCUCCACACUAGCUCUGCUCUUCGUCCAGGCUGUAGCGGUCCCCCUCUCAGCUGCCGAAAAUGCCUCCCCCGACCAGACAGUCCUCGGCGACACCUACAACCUUCCCUCGACCCCCGAGGACAAUGCCGACAUUUUCGAGAAAGGCCCAGAAGCAGAAGCCGCACCAUCAUGGUUCACCUCCACCCUCAUGGCCCGCCGACUGCUCGCUCUCUCAACCACCGGUGUAGCAUCCACCAUCUUCUCUCACACACCCAAGGAUGUCCACGUCCCAGCUGCUGUGGCCGGCCUGUCUAUCAGCCAGAAAGAAUACAUCUCAGAUUGUGACGCGGCCCUUCCCCCUCCAAGCGGCCACGGCGGCAACGGCGACCCGACCUUCCUCGCCCUUGAAGUCGAAACUACCUUUCGUAACACUGCUGCAGGCUCUAACAUGAGCAUCACCCUCGAUUGGUGGGACCAUUUGAACGAGACCGAGCCGCUCUGGCCCGGGUUCCCGCUCAGCCCUGCCGGUCUUCCCCGUGUUACUCUCUUCGGGUACGUCGAGUCCUUCCCGUCCCCUGUCCCGGAGGACACGGAGGCGGCUCUCCGGUCUUGCUAUCUUAAAGCCCACCCAGAUGCGCGGGUGUGGCUGCCGGAGCGACCGGGCUCCCCGCACAGGAGCCACUGGGUCCGCAUGGUUGUCACUCAGGUUUAUUGGAUUGGUGGCUUCGGCGGUUUCCAGCGGAUUGGGUGGAUGAAUGUCACUGAGUGGAAGGGUAUUCGGAGGGAGGAGAGUUUGCCUGGUAUUGGGGAUGGACGGGGUUGGGAGGAUGUGAGGCUCCCCGGGGAGAAGGGGUAUUGA